ACUUCAGUUGAACCAAAAACUACAAAAUAUAUGUAAAUAUUAUUUUUUAAAUCUUUUACACUUGCAGAUCUAUAAAGAUAAAACUAUUAACAAAAUGAUAAAAAUAAUUCAAACUAUUAAUGAAAAGCAAUUAAAAGAUUAUGAACCAGAUAUAAUAAUGACAUAUAUAAUUAAAAUACUUUUUUAUUAUGGAGAAAAAUGCAAAAUUGAAAAAUGCCAAUGGAAAUGUCAACGAAAAAUACGACUUGCACAAAAUUGUUACCAUCAUUUAUUGGAAGUAUAUAUUCCUGAAAAAACAAAACAGAUUGUACAUGCUAUCAUUAAUACAAUUAAUGAAGAUAAAUUGUGGAAAUAUGAGACCUUUUCUCUAGAGAUAGUAAAGAGCUUAAUGGAUCAUGGUGUUGAUGGUUCAGUAGUGGUUCAUACAAUAUUAAACUUAAUAGAAUCAAUAGAUACAAACGUAUAUGAUAUCAGAAUUAUUAUCAAAAUUCUAUAUGAAAUAUUGGAUUUUUAUGAAUGGCCUGAAACUGAUGAUACAAUAAGUGUGAUAGAAAGACUUCUAAGUUUUUUUUAUAUGACUAUAAUAAAUACAGAUGCAAAUGACAAAUCUUAUAGUAACAAACUUAAAAGAGGUUUAGAAAUAUGUCUCAGAAACAUAAUUAAACAUUUAUCUAAUUAUCAACUUCUCAUUAUUAUAUAUCAUAUGUGCUCAUGGACUAUGGAAAAAGAUAUGAAUGAUAAUAUUAUAUUGAAAUUCGGUAGUAUUUUAGAAUAUACAGCUUAUCUACAUCAAGCAACUCUAUAUGAAAAAACUUUAACACCAAUAAUAUUUCCAUUAUUGAUGGAAAUGAUAGCAUCCAAUAAUAAAUUAAUCAGUUUAUUAGGUAAUAGAGUUAUACAAUAUUUGAUAGAUCGAAAAGCAAAUAGAAUACAUUUUGAUACUCCCAAAAUUUUCUUUGACAAUAUAGACUUUGAUUUAAAAUUAGGUAAUUAUUAUAAAGAAGACAAAAUAUUUUUUAAAGUUAAUCGUGAGAUUUUACAUGAUUGUCUACUUAAGAGUAUUUUGAAUCAUCGUACAUCCCGUAUGAAUUUAGAAACUAGUUAUUGCACAAUAUGUAUCAUUGCAAUCGAGGUUCCUUGUGGUUUCAUAGCUGCAGCAUUAGUUUGUUUAAUUAUGAACUUACAAGACUUGGUUUUAAAAGAAAAUAAUCCUCAUAAAAUAGCAAAUUAUCAUAUACAUGCUAUUGUUAUAUCAAUUAUAUCUCUCUUAUGUUGGAUCCAUAAUGCUAAAGUUUUUUAUGAAUAUGUCAACAAAAUUAUGAUGCAGAGAGCACAGUGGGCUCCACAUUUGAAUCCACCGAUUCAGUCUCAAUAUAAUUUUGCAGUACAUCAUAUUUUUUGGUAUAAACCAGAAUUAUAUUUUAUUGAUUGGGAAACGCGGUAUGGCUUGUGGAAACGUUUUCGUCUUCAAAAUCAUCAGGAUACUAACCUUAAAACUGAUCAAUAAGGAAAUUAGACUUACCAGAUUGGAAGAAUAACUACAAUUUGGAAAGACAAGGUUGGAUAUUAAAUAGUACUAUUGAAGAACAAUUACGUCCUAAACGCAUUGUCCGUGUAGGAUUAAUCCAACAUUCAAU